UCGUCAAAUCGGUUGCGAAAAUGAAAAUAAUCCCGAAGGGAAUUAUCGAAAAAUGCACUCGCACCGUCGGCGAUAGGAGCGAAAUUGACGAAGUAAUGCGCGCUAUUCUCAUUACACAGCGAGCAGUCGGCAAUCAAAUUCUCGAUCCGUACUGGAGCUGGAUGAAGUCUCUGCCACACCAACUGGUACUCGGAGCUUCUACGUUAUACGUCGUAAUAGGCACCUGGGUAUUCGUCAGCGGCACAGACGAUGGCAAACUCAUCGCUGAAGGCUCACUCACGUUAAUCAUAGCCGCUUUAAGCCCGUCCAGAUACUACUUCUUUCUUAUGGCUCGGAAAGAUUUUCAGAAGUUGUACAUCGCAUUCAAGACUACGGUGUGCAAAUUAAUCACCGAUGACUCCGAAGAAAAGAUGGAACAAUUGUUAAAGAAGACACGGUCACUAGUAAAGUUUAUGUUGUUUUCGUCCAAUUUUCCGAUGGCGAUGUAUUUCUUGGCAGCAAUGUGGCACUAUGUCCACGGAGAAAAGAGGACAAUGUCGAAGACAACAUCUAUUUUGAUGCCUAUGAGAUCACCGUACUACGAGAUAGGGUUGUUCGCGCACACUUUCUUUUCGUUCGAAGUUGGGUUUCUUAUAUUAGUCCCUGAUAUGUGGUUUGUAGUAAUAAUGCUCUUCUUCUGUUCUGCUUGCGAUAGUGCGGCAAAGUUGCUGAUAGUAGAAGAAAGGAGAAAUGAAAGCAAACUUCAGUAUGGUACUCGCUUGAAUGAUAGUUUAAGGAAAUUCUACGUAGCCCACGUAAAGUUAAUCGACUUUCUAGACGUUUUGAAUUCAGUCUUCAAGUGGCUAGCACUACUGACUCUCAUUAGUGUAGCGGUGAUGAUUUGCGUUAUACUUCUGCUAAUUACCCAGGGGGAGGACUUGGCAUUCUUGUCUACCGCACUGCCGGCCAUAGGAGAGCUUUUCGCUUAUAACUGGUUUGGAGAGCAAAUUAUAAACAAGGCGGAGAAAUGGAGCUUAGCUCUAUUGAACUUCGACUGGAUAAAUCUGUCAGCAAAAGACAAGAAAAGUUACUACAUAAUGGUAACCUACAUGCAGAAGAAGUUCCGUAUGAAAACGGCGAUCGGCGGUGAAUUUUCUUUACUGACAAUGAGUACAUGUAUCAAAGGCGGUUAUCAAGCAUUUACCGUAUUGCAGUCAGCAACGCACAAAAGAGAAUAAAAGAUGAUAAGUCAUUGAGGACUUUUAAGUCCUCGUUCACUGCACUUUUAGC